AGUGUUCAAUAAUGAUAAUGGUGAUAGUGAUAGUAUACAGGAAGAUUGUGAAUCUGAUGAACUAGAAACCCCAAGAUCAAUCGAAAUUUCUGAUGUACUAAAUAAUGUAAAUAUAGAGAAAACAUUUAAUUUCUCAUUACCUCCACAUCAGCGCUGUGCAGCCCACACAUUAAACUUAAUAGCAACAGGAGAUAUUCUAGAAGCUGAGAAGGAUGCCGCAUACAAGACGAUUAGUAGACGGGUUUUUAGCAAAUGUCAAUCAAUAUUUAAUAAACAAAACCAAUCAACAUUAAGUGCAGACAAAAUUAAAGAAAUACUUGGUCGUUAUCUUAUAACACCUAAUGCCACAAGAUGGAAUUCUUAUUAUGAUGCAAUCAAUUGUUUAGUAGAAAAUAUUGAUAAAAUUGAUGAUAUUUGUAUAACAUUAGAAUUGGUUUCCUUUUCAAGACCUCGGGAAGUUGGUUUUUUAAAAGAGUAUUGCAAAGUUAUGAAACCUUUAUCUAAAGCAUUAGACGUUUUACAAGGAGAUAAGUCUGUAUGCUUGCGAUUUCGUCUCCCAACAAUUAAUGCUGUUCACAAAUCUUUAAACGGAUUAAACAAUAAUAUUGUCUUCUGCAAACCUCUUAUUCUUGCAUUGAAACGAGGGUUAAAUAAAAGGUAA